GACAUGGCCGAACUCCAAUUCUUGCACGAGGCGGCCGUCCUUUACCAAAUCAAAGCUCGACACGCCUCACAGAGGCCCUAUACUCGGGUGGGCGAUAUCGUUGUGGCCGUUAAUCCCUAUACAUGGAUCGAAGGUCUCUACGAUCCUGCGCAACAAGCACUGUACGCCAACCGACUAACACUUCGACAAUACCCCCCUCACGUAUACGAAAUCUCUGCCUUGGCCUAUCGUGGCAUGAUUCAGGAAGGUAAGAAUCAGACCAUUAUCGUUUCGGGAGAAUCCGGCGCGGGCAAGACGGAAACGGUCAAAAUUGUCGUCCAGCACCUCGCAAUGUUGGAGCACACGGCACCGUCCGUUUCAGUAGACACCAAUCCCGCAUCGCUGGAUAUCGUUCGUCACGUCGUGGAAAGCUCCCCCUUGUUUGAAGCCUUUGGUAACGCCAUGACGACGAAAAAUUCCAACGGCUCCCGCUUUGGGAAAGUGACACGGUUGCACUUUGCCCCGGACUGGACAGCCGAUACCCAAGACACGUUCUGCUACAAUCUCAAGGGAAGCUCCUACCAGACGUAUCUCCUCGAAACGAAUCGAAUUGUCUACCAAACUGCUGGCGAACGAAGUUUUCACAUAUUUUAUCAGCUUCUUAGUGCUUCCAGUGAUCUCAAACGAACCAUGCUCGGUGAAGAGUGGAUUGAUGCCACAGAAAAAGAUUUCUGCUACCUGGGUGAGCCAAGAGAGUGCCAAGUCGACGGACAUUCAGAUGCGCAGUCAUUCAUCAAGACCUUACACGCCUUAGAGCUCUUCGGUUGGGAAGGCGAUGCUCUUCAAAGUUUAUUUGGAGCCUUGGGAGCUGUCCUUCGCAUAGGUAAUCUAACCUUUCAGGAGCAAGAGGAAGGAGAAGCAAUCGUCUCUUCCGAUACGGCGUUGCGGCUGUUGGCCGACGCUGUCGGUCUUUCAACCACGGAUCUGGAAUCAGCUUUCACCCAUCUCAUUAUCAAAGCCAAUAACGACACUAUCGAAGUUCCUCUUAGUGCCGAGAUCUCCAAGAAUACUACUGAUGCCUUGGCCAAACAAAUGUACUCUUUUAUUUUUGAUUCGGUCGUCAUGAAAGUAAAUCAAUGGACUGCUUCAUCGAAAUCCUCGGAAGCUGAGGCCGCUAUUUCGCUAGUCGACAUUUGCGGGUUUGAAUCAUUCGAGACCAAUCGAUUCGACCAACUCUGUAUCAACUAUGCCAACGAAAAACUGCAGCACAAGUAUGUGCAGGAUAAUCUCUUGAAAAAGCGGGUUGAACACGAGAGAGAGGAAAUCGAGCUCUUUGACACGACACUGAUGGAUAACUCGGAUAUUUUGGACCUGAUUGAGGGUCGAGAAGGUCUCAUUAACGUCAUGAACGAAGAAUGCAUGAGGCCCAAUGGCAAUAACAAGACAUUCGUUUUCAAAUUGACUAACGUCCAUCGAAAGAAUGCACGGUUUCUCAGAAAGAAAUUGGACCGUUCCACGCAGUUCGGUAUAUCACACUUUGCUGGAGACGUCAUGUACGACGCAUCCGAGUUUAUUGAACGAAAUACCGACAAGGUACCGGAAUCUCUCCUAACGCUUUUCACAAAGAGUAGCAAUGUCUUGAUACGAGAACAGUUUGUCGCCUUUCUCCAGAAAAGCGAAGAGAAGCGGUCUACUCGAGCAACCAGGAAAAAGUCUACCGUCACAACAGUCUUGGACAAAUUUCGAGUGAGCCUGAAAGACUUGAUGUUAACAAUGUCUGAUACACACACUCGCUACAUCAGAUGCAUCAAGCCGAACGACACCAUGUCCAUAGCGAUCGCCGAUCAUCUUCUUACAGUGAAACAACUUCAAUGUGCUGGGCUUGUGACCGCAAUAGACCUCACACGGGAAUCGUUUCCAAACAAGUACUCAUUUUCGACGGCGGUUCAGCGAUUUCAUAGCCUCAUGAACAGUGAACAAAAGCACGAUUUGAAAGACAUGAAGCUCCACGACAAGGCGCAGUACAUGAUGUCGAGUUUGUUCACACCUUUGAUUGAACAAUAUCGUAAUAGCGAUUUCACGAUGCCUUUUGUGUGCGGCAAGACAAAGAUAUUCUUUAGAUCCGGAGCCCUCGAGGUCCUCGAAACACAACGCAGAGAAUUGCAUUUUAUGAAAGCAUCUAUUUUGCAGCAACAGAUCCGGGGAAUCCAGUCGAGAUCAAAUUAUAGAAGGAUGAAAUUCGCGGUUAUUUCAAGCCAGGCCGCGUAUCGUGGCAAAACCAAAAGAAGUGAAUUUCGACGAGCUCAACAAUCGAUUAUCCUCCUUCAAGCUUGGGCCCGGCGAUCGAGAACACAGAGAAAAUACCUUCGUUUAAAACGUGCUGUUGUUGUGUUGCAAAUGCGCGCUCGCAGAAUAUAUCAUGCUCACCUUCGUUUG